AUGGCAUUACUUAAGUCAAUAGCAAGUAAGCUAGCGGACAAUUGCCGGGAUGUCGUUGCUGGUCAUAACGAAGACGGGCCGGAUUACUCUGUAGCAGCACCCAGGAGUGACAUGAUGCGUCGCCACUUGGAAAAUUUCCCCUUCCGAGGAAAAUGUGUUCAACCCAUCAUAUCUAGUGACCGUCAGACUGUUGUCGCUCCACCCCAGCUAAUAGCGCGUCUAUUUAUCGAUGGGUUUCUGAAAGACAUCAAUACUCGAUUCCCUAUUUUUAACGAAAAGGACCUUCGGGAGGCCGUAGACAUUUAUUAUUUAGACAUAUCGCGGAUGCAACCGUUGGGAGAAUCCAACGCGGAUAAUCCCUGGGCUAUCAUAUUUAACAAUAUCGCUCUACUAGAACUUGGCCUAGAAAGUCAAGUCGCCCGUUGGCAAGGCGGACUGACAGGCACUUCUUCCAUCCGCACGAACAUCACCGCGGGGUUCUAG